CAAUGAGCAUAUGUAAAUAAAAUAAAAUAAAUAAAUGGCCUGCAAUUCUUUCCCAACAGUUUUAAAAAAGUAAUCAUCAACCAAACUCAUCUUUUUCCACAGUCAAAACAAAAAACCCUCUCUCUACAAUUUCUUCUUCUGCUGCUUGCUUCAACAAGCUUGGCAGCGGAGUUCCUUUUUCUUUGCAUUAAUCCUUCUUUCCAGUGCGACAGCAAAAGUGGUGGGAAUGAGUUGUUUUGGUUGCUUUGGAGGGAGAGCAUCUGCCCCCCACAACCAUGUAGCAGAAAUUGAUGAAGAAAUUUCCACCAUUGAGAAUGCAAGGGUGUACAGCUACAAUGAAUUGCGGGCAGCAACCGAAGAUUUUUGCUCUAUAAACAAAAUAGGGAAAGGAGGGUUUGGUUCGGUCUACAAGGGAAAGCUAAGAGAUGGAAAAAUGGCUGCUAUUAAGGUACUUUCUGUUGAAUCAAAACAAGGUGUGAAGGAGUUUUUGACAGAAAUAAAGGUGAUCUCAAGUAUAGAACAUGAAAACCUGGUGAAGUUGUAUGGCUGUUGUGCGGAAGGGGAUCAUAGAAUAUUGGUGUAUAACUACCUGGAAAAUAAUAGUCUUUCCCAAACUCUGCUCGGUGGUUCUCAUAGUAGUCUCCAUUUUAGCUGGAAAACACGAACUAAAAUAUGCAUUGGUGUUGCACGAGGACUUGCAUUCCUCCACGAAGAAGUUCAGCCUUAUAUAGUUCAUAGAGACAUUAAAGCAAGUAACAUCCUUCUCGACAGAGACCUGACCCCAAAAAUUUCUGAUUUUGGUCUUGCUAAGCUUAUUCCAGCUGAUUUGACCCAUGUUAGCACUCGUGUGGCAGGAACUCUAGGUUAUUUGGCCCCUGAAUAUGCAAUGAGAGGACAGUUGACACGGAAAGCAGAUGUAUACAGUUUUGGGAUUCUCCUUAUGGAAAUCGUUAGUGGAAGAUGCAACACAAACAAGCGGUUACCUGUUGAGGAACAAUAUCUUCUUGAGCGGGCAUGGAGACUGUUCAAGAAGGGGGACAUCAUUCAAUUGGUAGAUGCAUUAUUGGGAGACAAGUUCAAUGUUGAUGAGGCGUGCAUAUUCCUGAAGGUAUCUCUCUUAUGCACCCAAGUCCUGCCCAAGAGCCGACCAUCAAUGUCCACUGUGGUGAAAUUGCUGACUGGUGAGAUGGAAGUGCAUGAAGAAGAGAUAUCUGAGCCAGGCAUGUUAUCAGAUCUAGUGAAUCUCAGGAAUCAGAAAAAUACAUCAACAGACUCGCUAUCUGCUGGCUCAGGGAAACAAGUUGAUUCCUCGUCAUGUGCAAACACAGCAACGACACAUGGAACUAUGACUUUCACUACAAUAGAAGACCGAAAUAGCUGAGCUAAACGCAGCAUGGAAAUAGCCUGAGAAUAGGAAGAAAGACCCCAUCAAGCCAGCAAUAAUAGAUGUUCCCAUGAUGAAGUUUGGGACAAGCGCACUGAAACAUGCUGUAAAAGAAUUUGACAUUAAGACAACCAUCCAAACCACCAUGGAAAAAUAGAGGAACCCAUCCAUGUUUCGCCUCAGACCAACGAGCCAGUAAACCGGGACACUGUAGAGAAGGCCAACCAUUAAGAGGAAAGGAAGGAAGACAAAUGUGUUUGCCACAACAUAAGAGGAUACUCUGUAUGCUCCUCUUGAAGUCUCCCUCAUAAAGAUGGUUCUCUCUUGUAAGAAGAUUGGUAAGCCUUCUGUCAUAGUGGAGAGCAAGAACGUUAGACUGAACGCGAAGAAUCCUAGUCUAGUUUGUAAAGCAACCUGCCCUAGAUUGUUGUCAACAUUCAUGAAUAUUGACCCCAAUAUAAAGCCUGCUGCUAAUGCUUGUAUUA